GCUGAUGAUAAGAACGAAGGGAGAUACGUACAGGCGACAAGUUAGAAGGGAGUAGUGAAAAGAGUUUAUUUUGAGGUGGGAAGAAAUUUUUAAACAAUGGAGGAACAGGAGAAGUCCUCCUGGAGAAUGGGACUGCUAAAGACUUUUGAUUCAGAUGAGUUUAUGAGCUGGGAAAAGAUUGGAUCUGGUGGAUUUGGGCAGGUUUAUAAGAUUCGUCAUGUUAACUGGAAAACAUGGCUGGCCAUCAAAUGUCCUCCAAGUCUCCAUGUGGAUGAGAAAGAGAAUGCAGAGCUGCUAGAUGAAGCUAAGAAGAUGGAAAUGGCAAAGUUCCGCUACAUACUCCCAGUGUAUGGGAUCUGCAAGGAUCCAGUGGGGUUAGUUAUGGAAUACAUGGAGACUGGAUCUUUGGAAAAACUGUUGGCCUCGGAAGUGUUACCAUGGGAACUGCGUUUCCGUAUCAUCCAUGAGACGGCCGUGGGCAUGAAUUUUCUACAUUGUAUGUCGCCACCCUUAUUACAUCUUGAUCUGAAGCCUGCAAACAUACUUCUGGAUGCACACCAUCAUGUCAAGAUUUCAGACUUUGGAUUAGCGAGGUGGAAUGGAUUGUCAAAUACACAAGACAUCAGUUUGGAUGGUUUCUGUGGUACGAUUGCAUAUCUUCCUCCGGAGCGUCUACGCCAGAAGAAUUCUGACAUUAAGCAUGAUGUAUACAGCUUUUCCAUCGUCAUCUGGGGAAUUCUAACACAGAAGAAGCCUUUUGCAGCUGAAACAAAUAUCCUACACAUUAUGGUCAAAGUAGUGAGCGGCCUUCGUCCUGAUCUAUCGGUGAUUCCUAAAUCAAGACCACCAGCCUGCAAGGGCCUGUUAAAGCUAAUGCAGCGAUGUUGGAAGGAUGCUCCCAGCGACCGCCCAACAUUUCAAGAGAUUACUUCAGAAACUGAAGAACUUAGCACCAAGCCACAGGAGAUGACACAAGAGAAACCACGUGAACAGCCUAUAGAUUCUGGCCAAUCUCAUGAGGCAUGCAAAAAGGAUCCACCGGUAGCAGUUGAGCAGCCAGUUCAGAAUCGGCAAUACAAACAGACCUCUGACAGCGAUGAAUGCAGCCUGUCCCAGCUCCUGUCCCAGCUGGACUCAGGCUUUGAAUCAGCUGGGAAUGAAUGUCCAGCAAAUGGUGAAAUAGCUGACAGCAAGAAGAGACUGUCAGGAAUCUCAUCCAUUGACUCUGCAUUCUCAUCUCAAGGAUCAAUAUCAUUGUCUUUCGGAAAAGAAGCUGGAGGAAUUGAUGUUCCAAAGAAGAAGCUCUAUGAAGCCAUUGUGUCUGGGGACAUUGGAAAGUUGAUGAAGCUCCUGCAGCCUCAAGAUGUGGACCUGAUCUUGGAUGAUGGCAUGAGCCUCCUGCACUGCGCCGUUCAACUGGGCAACGAGGAAGCUGUCCGGUUGUUGCUUUUGUACAAUGCCAAUCCGAAUAUACCUAACAAGCGGGGGUCGACACCACUUCACCUGGCUGCAGACAAGAACUUGAAGGUCAUAGCUGAGCUGCUUCUGGGAAAGAAGGCAAAUGUAAAUGCCAAGGAUGAAGACCAGUGGACUCCGCUCCACUUUGCAGCACAGAGUGGUGAAGAAACCCUUUUGCGGUUGCUACUGGACAGGAAUGCUUCAACAAACGAGGUGGACUUUGAAGGUCGAACAGCAUUGCACGUUGCUUGCCAGCACAGCCAUGAAAAUAUAGUGCGUGUUCUUUUGAGUCGCGGGGCUAAUGCCCAAGCCAAAGGGAAGGACAACUGGAUGCCUUUGCAUUUUGCUGCAUGGCAAGGCCAUCACACCAUCACAAAGCUUCUCAUCAAGCAGGCUGGGGCAAGUGGAGAUGUGCUGACAGCCGAUGGAAGGACCCCACUGCACCUUGCAGCCCAGAGAGGGCAGUACCGAGCAGCUCGUAUCCUCCUGGAGUUCAAGAGCACCGUGAAUUGGAAAACCUUGAGCCGCCACACGCCCCUUCACCUGGCGGCAGAAGGUGGGCAUACCAGCACUUCCAGGCUUCUUAUCAAGCAUGGUGUGGACAUCAAUGCAGUGACUGAGGAUGGCUGGACUGCCCUCCACCUGGCAUCCAAUAGUGGCCAUCUACAGACUGUGAAAAUGUUGGUGGAAGAACAGGCCAAUGUUGAGAUCUCCGGUUUCCUCCAGAGAACAGCGCUCCACCUUGCUGCAGAGAAAGGGCAUAGUGAAGUGGUCAGGGAGCUUCUCAACAGCACAGAAAAUACCACUAAUGUUGCGGAUGAUGAAGGGUUAACACCUCUGCAUAUAGCAGCAAAGUGUGGACAUCUGAAAUGUAUUGACAUCCUCCUUGCUCAUGGCGCUGAUGUCAAUUUACACAACUCAAAAUUUCAGACACCUUUAAGCCUGGCUGAAGAAUCUGGCAAUGGCUUGGCCAUUGAUGCGCUUCGGUACCUGGCAGAAUCUGAAAUUGAAAUCUUGUGAGGUGGUGACUGACCACUAGGAAAAGCCUCCAGAACCUGCCGAGUUACUGCACAAGAUUAAUUAAACUGGAGGAUUGUAUGAACUGAAAACUGUGUAUCUGGUGUUUUUCUUUAAAUCCUCCAAUUUAAUGUAAGGGUCCAUUUUGAUGGGUGUGGAUAGAAGAAUAUCUGAUGGAUUCUCAUCAAAUGUCUUGAGAUUGUUGAAGGAAGUGAUUCGUACUUGGAUUUCAGAACUUCACAAUAAAGAAUGCGCCCCUGCAUUUAAGCACCUGUAUUCUUCUCCUCUCAUGAUAACUGCUUCGAGGACAAUAUUACAUGGUGACAUAGUUUUAAAAAGCAGAUUUCCAGAACUCUGUGCAAUUGCUUGACUAUCACACUGGGUUUCAUGUUUGUGCCAUAACAGAUGUUGCCUUCCUGCCAGUCAACAGACUUGUCAGAUUCCUUUUACAUUUGUUUUUGGAAAAGAUUAUUGCUGACAAGAUGGGCUGAAAGGCCUCCUCUUGAGCUAUGUUGUGCUAUGACCCUAUAAAUAAGGAGGUUGCCUCCUCACCCUUUUGAAACAAAAUGCAAAACAACACUUGGAGAGCAGCCUUCACAGUUGCAAAGGGUCAUUUAAAGGGUUACCUCAACCAUCAUCCUCCAUUACACCAUUUAUACUGGUUUUGUUGUUUCUUUUGAUGUCGCAUUGUUGUGGUUGACUUGAAUGUGCAGGAACUUGUUUGACUGAGUCUGAAUGCGAUUUGAUUCUGUUUCCUUGUACAGUAAAGGAAAUUAUUUGUGUGGUAUCAUUAAGGUGAGUGCUUUAUAUUCCUUGGACCAAUUGUCAUGUAAUAAGCAAGCUUGUUGUACUUAUCCAUCUUCAGUGAUUUAGACUUGCAUUAUUGCCACGGGGUCAUGAAUUCAAAUGUCAUUUGCCAGUACUGUAUUAUUAACCUUAGUGUUUGCACACAAUUCAAUCCCAGUCUUUCCUUUUUCCAUUACUUUUGCAUGCAAAAAUGUUAAAUGUAAUGCAAUUUUAUAUUUCAUAACAGGAGAAAGGAAAUGAUAUCCAUGUGGAUCUUGGCAAAAAUAUUACAAGAAGAAUUUUUUUUGUCCCAGCAUUAGUAUAAAAUUUGGUCCCAAAAAUAUUAUUUUCUAAAACAAAGAAUAAACUGUUCAUUUCAAAAAAAAUUAUUAAUACAACUUUUAUAUUUUUUUUAAUCUGGGUGAGCAAUGGGAUUAGUAGAAUAGUUCCCAGCACUCCUCCAAUUCAAAGGAAGGGAGCAAAUAGCCAAGAAUGUUGUGGCGGCUUCUUUCUUCAGUGGCCCUAAUUAGCAAAUGUGGAUGUACAGGUUUGGUUUUGGCUAUGAUGCACUUGACAGACAAAUGUUUCUCUGCCCCUUACUUUACAUCUAUUGACUAGCUAGUUGGGCAAGUUACUGCAAUGUUCCCAUUUCUGUGGAACUGUACUGGGGAACCGGAUGAAGUCCUACUAUAUGGAAGAAGGAAAUGCCCUAUUUAAAAUGAUUGUUACCACAAGAAUGAGAGGUCACGCUUGCAUCACUUCAAAUCUCCCCACUGUCGCUCACUGUGUGUGGAAAACCGUGGAGCAAACUAACUUCAUCCUUGUAUCGCUGUCAACCUGCAGGUGGGCAUAGACCCAUCUUACUAGCAGAAUAAGUCCGUAUGAAUCAGUGUAAUUCUGGUCUCUGGAUCUGAUAUUAGGAAGUUGGCCUGUUCCAAAACCUUUUAUUGGAAAGCCAUCUCUGCCAUUUUAAGGUGAAGUUCAAUCUGAACGUGGCAUUGGCGAUAAUUAGAUGUAUUGUACAUUAGCAUGAGUAAAUGAAAAGGGACUCCCCUUUUGGUUAAGGGUGGACUGUCUCCUUUUUAGCUGCCACUUAUUUAGAGAGCUCUUGCUGCAUGUAGCUGUUGAACACUGUAAAGGAAGCAGAGGUACUGAAAGUUUCCCAUUGUUCCUUUACUUGUGUUGGAGGUUAGCUAGCUAGGAAGGGUAUAUUAUUGAGGUGUAAAUAGUAAUUCAACACAUCAGUAUGUGGGCCAUCGUGUAUAGCAUUUUAACUUGUCUCAGGUGGUAGUGCUGAUUUUUUUUUCAUUUAAGUUUUCAAACUAAAUUGCUAUGCGAUUAUUGGAAAUAUGUACGCUUUAGUACAUCUUUUUUAAGAGGCAAUGUUUGCUUUGUCCUUUCAUAGAUUACUGAUCUUCAUUGUAACUAACA